GAUCACAUGGAAAAUGUUUAUGGCUACCUAAUGAAGUAUACCAACCUUGUCACUGGGUGGCAGUACAGGUUUUUUGUUUUAAACAAUGAAGCUGGGUUAUUGGAGUACUUUGUGAACGAACAGUCUAGAAAUCAAAAACCCAGAGGUACUUUGCAGCUUGCAGGAGCUGUGAUAUCACCCAGUGAUGAGGACUCUCAUACCUUCACUGUAAAUGCUGCCAGUGGGGAACAGUAUAAACUCAGAGCCACAGAUGCUAAAGAGCGACAACAUUGGGUUAGCAGACUUUAGAUAUGUAUACAACAUCACACUGAAGCUAUUGGUAAGAAUAAUCCUCCUCUGAAAUCACGGAGCUUCUCGCUUGCAUCUAGUGGCAAUUCUCCUAUAUCCCAGAGGAGACCAAGUCAAAAUGCCAUUUCUUUUUUUAAUGUUGGCCAUUCCAAACUACAAUCAGUGAGCAAAAGAGCUCACUUACCUCCAGACCAUCUUGUGGAAGUCAGAGAAAUGAUGUCUCAUGCUGAAGGACAACAAAGAGACUUAAUUAGACGAAUUGAAUGCCUUCCUGCUUCUGGUCAUCUUAGUUUCUUGGACCAGGAUCUCUUAAUGCUCAAAGCUACUUCCAUGGCAACUAUGAACUGCUUAAACGACUGCUUUCAUAUUCUCCAGUUGCAGCAUGCAUCACAUCAGAAGGGCUCAUUGACUUCAGGAACGACAAUCGAGUGGUUAGAACCAAAGAUACCUUUACCAAACCACUAUAAAAAUGGAGCUGACCAGGCCUUUGCAACUGAGCAGAGUAAGCCAGUGGCAGUCUCAGAAGAGCAGUGUGUUCCAGAAUCUGGGCUAUUAGCAAGGGAACCUGAAGAAGUAAAUGCAGAUGAUGAGGUAGAGGAUGCAUGUGACAAUAAGGAGGGUGACCUGGGAGCCGUGGAAGAGCAACGCAGUGUAAUCCUGCAUCUCUUGUCACAGCUUAAGCUGGGCAUGGACUUAACAAGAGUGGUGCUUCCUACAUUUAUCCUAGAGAAGCGUUGCUUGCUGGAAAUGUAUGCAGACUUAAUGUCUCAUCCAGACCUGUUUAUAGCCAUCACCAAUGGAGCCAUGGCUGAGGACAGAAUGAUUCAUUUUGUUGAGUACUACCUUACCUCAUUUCAUGAAGGCCGAAAGGGAGCCAUUGCUAAGAAACCGUACAAUCCUAUUAUUGGAGAAACAUUUCACUGUUCUUGGAGGAUGCCGAAAAGUGAGGUAGCCUCCAGUGUUACGAGCAGCUCUUCUACCCAGGCAGUCACAAAUCAUGCUUCUCUAUCAGAGGAGGCUUUGAGCCAGGUGGGAUCAGACUGUUACGCAGUCAGAUUUGUUGCUGAGCAGGUUUCCCAUCAUCCUCCAGUCUCAGAAUUUUAUGCAGAAUGUGCUGAGAGGAAAAUAUGUGUGAAUGCACAUGUCUGGGCUAAGAGCAAAUUCUUAGGCAUGUCAAUAGGUGUGACAAUGAUUGGAGAAGGUGUCCUCAGUCGGUUGGAACAUGGAGAAGAGUAUACCUUUUCCCUACCCUGUGCAUAUGCCCGGUCAAUUUUAACUGUUCCUUGGGUGGAAUUGGGUGGCAAAGUCAGUGUCAACUGUGCAAAAACUGGGUAUUCAGCCAGCAUCACUUUUCAUACUAAGCCAUUUUAUGGUGGCAAACUGCACAGGGUCACAGGUGAAGUAAAACAUAAUCUCAUCAACACUGUGGUAUGCAGAGUGCAAGGGGAAUGGAAUAGUGUUUUUGAGUUCACUUAUAACAGUGGAGACACCAAGUGUGUGGACUUGACUAAGUUUGCAGUGACGAAGAAAAGAGUAAGACCUCUGGAGAAGCAAGAUCCAUUUGAAUCCAGGCGAUUAUGGAAAGACGUGACAUAUUCUCUGAGGGAAUCUGAAAUUGAUAAGGCUACAGAGCAUAAACAUACCCUGGAGGAAUGUCAGAGGACUGAAGAAAGGCAUCGUACUGAAACAGACACACCCUGGAAAACGAAAUAUUUUAUUAAAGAGAAUGGAAUCAUUGCACUGAGUGACCUGCUUCCUGAUUGCACAGACUGAGACUAGCUCAGCAUGAUGUACCUGGUAGCGCACUGCAGGACUGCGGCAAGACCAAAGUGUUGGAGAAGCACGAUGGCCCUCUCACCAACAUGUUCCUGUGAUGUGAG